AUGGUCAUAUUCAUUGCUUGCCUAGGGCAGGCGCUUUGCCCAGAUGGCUCGCUUCCGAGCUCCUUGGUCAACCGUGUCGCUGUUGCAGCUGAACUGCACCGAGCACUUGGGGGCGCCCCCAUCGUUCUCAGCGGCGCUGAUGUCAGUCGGGUGGGUACCUCCGAAGCACAGGCCAUGCGAAACCUUCUGGUAGCAUCCCCGCAUAUCAUCGAUCCGGAGAAGCUCCUUCUGGAUGAAUCUGCUUUGAACACGAUUGAAAAUGCGCGCAACAUAUUGGCCAUCAUGAGGAAAGAGGCACCCGGGCAGGAACUGAAGCUGUGUCUGGUUACCUCGGAAUUCCACUGCCCACGGUCCGAGUAUAUCUUCAAGAAUGUGCUUGACUCCGAAGGGGCAGGCGAUAUUGCAGUUGAAGCAUAUCCUGCUCCCAGUGGCUUGAAGGACGACAUCUCGGAGGACCCAAGGAAGCCUAUCGUAACAGAUUUCAAGGUUUACAAGACCUUCACGGACAUCAACGACUGGGGAAUCUUCUUACGACUCUGCCACGAGAAGGCAAUUAUGGAGAUCAAAAUGCGGCGCUGGCUCGCAGAUUAUGGAAUCGAAAAGCAGGAUCCAAAGCACUACGACCAAGCGCUUGCGCGGAUCCUCGAGAUGGUGGAAGAGGCCCGAAAUGGCAAACUCCUAGCAACCAAGAGCUGA